CCUCCUCAGACCCUCUGAAGGCUGCCACUGAAUUAUAUUCCUGUGCUGCUGUCAAGUGGGUGAUGCCUCCGCUGGGCAUCCCCCACACAGCUGGGUCAGCCCCAUCACCUGUGAUUAUCACCGUGCCUCAGGCCCUUCACCGCCUGUUGACCCAGCAGACAAUGGUGUGGUGGAGGUCCCUUCACAGGGAAUGGAGUCAGCCUGGAAGAAUUGGCAUGAAUGAUGAAGGACUCUAAGGUGGAACAGACACAUCACUGAAAUUCAGGAUAUCCCUAAGAACCUAGGAGCAUUGAGAGCUGACGAAGUGGAAAGACUGGCUGCAAUGCGUUCAGACUCUCUAGUACCAGGCACCCACACUCCUCCAAUCAGGCGAAGAAGUAAGUUUGCCAAUAUAGGAAGGAUUUUCAAGCCAUGGAAAUGGAGGAAGAAGAAGAGUGAAAAGUUCAAACACACUUCUGCAGCUCUGGAAAGAAAAAUAUCAAUGAGGCAAAGCAGAGAGGAGCUGAUAAAACGAGGAGUCUUGAAGGAAAUCUAUGAUAAAGAUGGGGAGCUUUCCAUACCAAAUGAAGGAUCAUUGGAGAAUGGGCAGGCUCUGAGCUCCAGCCAGAUUUCACUACCAGGCCUAGCAGAACUGGAAUCAGGUUCCGCGUCUGGGGAACCCUGUUCGUAUGAGGUGCACCCAACCACAGAUAUCAUGGAUGGGACAGUGUCUGAAGAGAGCCCCAGAUCCAAUGAGUCUGGAGUCCUCCUGUCCCAAGAUCCUUCAGCUAAACCAGUCCUGCUACUUCCCCCCAAAAAAUCUGCUGCUUUCCCUGGAGACCAUGAGGACACCCCAGUGAAACAGCUGUCCCUCCUCAAACAGCCCCCUGCCCUGCCUCCUAAACCCAUUGCCAGGAUUGCCAACCACUUCACUGAUCCUGGCGGUCCUAUGAAACUGCCUUGUAUGCCAGUUAAACUGUCGCCUCCGCUACCUCCAAAGAAAGUCAUGAUUUGCAUGCCUUUAGGGGGGCCAGACCUCGCUCUUGCAUCCUAUUCCAUGCAGAAGAGUUCCCAGCAGCCUUUGGCUCCACACCACCACUCUGUACUGCCAUCCCAAUUAGCAGCACACCAGCACCAGCUUCCAUAUGGCAGCCACAGCCAGCAUCUGCCUUCUGGAUCCAGCUCAUUACCUAUUCACCCUUCAGGGUGCCGGAUGAUAGAUGAAUUGAACAAGACACUGGCCAUGACCAUGCAGAGGCUAGAAAGCUCUGGUUUACACCCGGGUGACAGUGUCACGAAAACAGGACCUGGAGGCCUUUCAGACAUGAGACAAGUGCCAACCGUUGUGAUCGAAUGCGAUGACGAUAAAGAAAAUGUGCCUCAUGAAUCUGAUUAUGAAGAUUCUUCCUGCCUUUACUCAAGAGAGGAAGAGGAUGAUGAGGAAGAUGAGGAUGAUGAUAGCUCAUUAUUUACAAGUUCUCUGGCAAUGAAAAUCUGCAGGCAGGAUUCUUUAGCAAUCAAACUUAGCAACAGGCCUUCCAAACGAGAGCUGGAGGAAAAGAACAUCCUCCCAAAGCAGACUGAUGAGGAGAGACUUGAACUGAGACAGCAGAUUGGAACAAAGCUAACAAGGCGACUGAGCCAGAGGCCCACUGCUGAGGAACUGGAGCAGAGGAACAUUCUGAAACCUCGGAAUGAGCAAGAGGAGCAGGAGGAAAAACGGGAGAUAAAGAGAAGAUUAACACGCAAGCUGAGCCAAAGGCCCACAGUGGAAGAGCUGCGUGAGAAAAAGAUCCUCAUCCGCUUCAGUGACUACGUGGAAGUGGCAGAUGCUCAGGACUAUGACAGGAGGGCGGACAAACCCUGGACGCGACUCUCCGCCGCCGACAAAGCAGCCAUUCGAAAAGAGCUCAAUGAAUUUAAAAGCACUGAAAUGGAGGUUCAUGAAUUAAGCAAGCAUCUAACAAGGUUUCAUAGACCGUAGCAGUUCAAUUCUACUUGACUACUAUGCCAUCUUUAAAACCUAACUAAAAAGAACCGUGUGAUUGGUCACCUGAAUAACAUGUUACUGCUUCUGCAUGCCGACUGGACAGCUGAAACUUUAUAAACAGAAGGAGAGCACUUCCAAAAAUGACCAGCAAAUACUUACAUUCAAACACAGAUACCCAGGUUCACAUGCAAAUAGGGUUAUGGCACGCAGAACAUCCAUCCCCAAAUGUUCCUGCAAAUAAACCCACUUGGUACAAAUAUCCAUGGAAGAAAAGGAUGAAAACUUGGCCAACAGAAAUGGUUAUAAAUGAUCUUUCCCACUGCUCACCCAGUGAUUUAGUAUCACUUCUAUUAAAACAAAGUAUGUGAAGGGUACAUUAACUGCUUUUCCAUGCAUCUCACAUACUCCAGAACCAGUUGCAUUUUCCAGCUGAUAUCCAGGUGUAUGUACAUAGUUUGUCUUUGUAUAGGAGUGAAUGUGGUGACUGUCAAUCAUGUGCUCUUCCAGUAUUGUAAUUUAACAGAUUAUGACUGUAUGAAAACAGUGUAAAUAACUAGAAGAAAAAGUAAACUGGAUCUCUAUGUCCUAGAUUUUGUACAUACAGAAACUGCAUGGUAUUUAAAUUAUUGUUUGUCUCUGAUGUAUGCAGUUUCU